AUGGCCUAUGUCCCCGCACCGGGCUACCAGCCCACCUACAACCCGCCUGGGGGGACCCAUCUAACUCUGUGGUUUGAUUUACCCAAAGCUGACCCAGACCCUCAAUUUACUCCCAACCUGCCCUCAGGCUGUCUGUGUCCCCGUCUAACUAUCGGCCCUCGUCAUCUUCAACCUGGUCCUCACCCGUGGUUUCCUCUCCCCUGCUUAAGGGACUGGGGGGCUUUUCCGGGAGGGGUAAAGGCUGCAACAGGCAGAUGGCUUGUGAGUCCCCUCACCAGGCCUCUUCUCCAGACACUGCCUUACUACAAGCCCAUCCCAGGCGGGCUCAGCGUGGGAAUGUCUGUUUACAUCCAAGGAGUAGCCAAUGAGCACAUGAGGAGAUUCUUCGUGAACUUUGCGGUGGGACAGGACCCGGGCGCAGACAUCGCCUUCCACUUCAAUCCGCGGUUUGACGGCUGGGACAAGGUGGUCUUCAACACCCUGCAGGGCGGGAAGUGGGGCAGCGAGGAGAGGAAGAGAAGCAUGCCCUUCAAAAAGGGCGCCGCCUUCGAGCUGGUCUUCCUAGUCCUGGCUGAGCACUACAAGGUGGUGGUAAAUGGAAAUUCCUUCUAUGAGUAUGGGCACCGGCUUCCCCUGCAGAUGGUCACCCACCUGCAAGUGGAUGGGGAUCUGCAACUUCAGUCAAUCAACUUCAUCGGAGGCCAGCUCCCCCCGCCCCAGGGACCCCCAAUGAUGCCACCUUACCCUGGUCCCGGACAUUGCCAUCAACAGCUGAACAGCCUGCCCACCAUGGAAGGACCCCCAACCUUCAACCCGCCUGUGCCAUAUUUCGGGAGGCUGCAAGGAGGGCUCACGGCUCGAAGAACCAUCAUCAUCAAGGGCUAUGUCCCCCCCACAGGCAAGAGCUUUGCCAUCAACUUCAAGGUGGGCUCCACGGGGGACAUAGCUUUGCAUAUUAAUCCCCGCAUGGGUGACGGUACCGUGGUCCGGAACAGCCUUCUGAAAGGCUCGUGGGGAUCCGAGGAGAGGAAGAUCACGCAUAACCCGUUUGGUCCUGGACAGUUCUUUGAUCUGUCCAUUCGCUGUGGCUUGGAUCGCUUCAAGGUUUUCGCCAAUGGCCAGCACCUCUUUGACUUUGCCCAUCGCUUCUUGGCCUUUCAGAGGGUAGACACGGUGGAAAUCCAGGGUGAUGUUACCUUGUCCUAUGUCCAGAUCUAAUCUAUUCCUGGGGCCAUAACUCAUGGGAAAAUAGAAUGAUCCCCUAGGACUCCUUUCUAAGCCCCUAAUAAAAUGUCUGAGGGUGUCUCAUGA